AUGACUGGUCGCGGUGGCGGCGGCGGACGCCGUGUCCUUCUCCCUCCGAUCGGCGCUCGGGGAACCGAUGUUUUGGCGGCCGGCGGGAUUAGGUUGAAUGCGCACCUCCCCGUCGAGCAUUAUACGACCGAAACCUUGCAGAGCGGCGACCUAGGCGGUGCACAGCUAAGCGUGUGGCUCUACGAGCAGCUCUCCAUCAGGAUCGAGGGAAAGAUCAGGGGAUUCGACGAGUUCAUGAACCUGGUUAUCGAUGACGCCGUCGAGGUGAAGCAGAUUACGAAGACGAACGACAAGGAGAGCAGGAGACUGCUGGGCCAAAUUCUCCUCAAGGGAGACAACGUUUCUCUAAUCCAGAGCCUGUCUGGGUGA